AUGAUUUUGGCUUCUUUUCUCUCUUCCCCCUCUGAGCCAUUGAUGACGCUUAGUAAUUCCAGCUGGAGGUUACUCCAGCCUUCUUUUUACCUGAUUGGCAUCCCAGGUUUAGAGGACAGCCAGCACUGGAUAGCAUUGCCACUGUGUGUCCUUUACCUCCUUGCUCUAGUGGGCAAUGUCACCAUCCUCUUCAUCAUCUGGACCGACAAAUCCUUGCACCAGCCCAUGUAUCUCUUUCUGGCCAUGUUAUCUGGCAUUGACCUGGUCCUGGCCUCCUCCACGGCACCCAAAGUCCUUGCAGUGCUCCUGGGUCAUGCCCAUGAGAUUGGGUACACUGUCUGUCUGAUCCAGAUGUUCCUAAUCCAUGCGUUCUCUUCCAUGGAGUCAGGUGUACUUGUGGCCAUGGCCCUGGAUCGCUAUAUAGCCAUAUGUCACCCUCUGCACCAUUCCACCAUCUUGCAUCCAGGAACAAUAGGGCACAUUGGAAUUGCAGUGCUGGUGCGGGGAUUACUCCUUCUCCUCCCCUUCCCCAUCCUGUCGUGGAGACUUGUAUUCUGCCAGGCCACUGUCAUAGGCCAUGCAUAUUGUGAACACAUGGCUGUGUUAAAACUUUCUUGCUCAGAUACCACAGUGAACCGAGCUUAUGGGUUGGCAGUGGCACUGCUUGUGGUUGGACUAGAUGUCCUGGCCAUUGGUAUUUCCUAUGCCCUCAUUCUCCAGGCAGUACUGAAGUUUCCAGGGGGUGAGGCCCGACUUAAGGCCUUUAGCACAUGUGGGUCUCAUAUUUGUGUCAUUCUGGUCUUCUAUGUUCCUGGAAUGUUUUCCUUCCUCACUCACCGUUUUGGCAGCCAUGUGCCCCAUCACAUCCAUGUUCUUCUGGCUACACUCUACCUCCUUGUGCCUCCUGCACUCAACCCUGUUGUCUAUGGGGUGAAGACUCAGCAGAUUCGUGAGCGAGUACUCAGGCUGUUCUACAGAAAAGGAUAA